CGACCUCUGAAAUUUACUCGCAGCUCGUUGGUUUUGACUUCUCUGGAUCAGGUAUGCUUGUCAAUUUACCAGGUCAGCUGUUUUUAUUUUGCAAGCCGCCCACGCUCGCGUUAUUUACUAGGUUGCCCGCCUCUUACCUGUCCUUUUCCAUUGCCCGUUGUUAUUGGCUCUUUCCAAACCGAGUCCGGCUUCCACCGUGGACGACCUGUCGCGAGCCUGCCCGGCCGAGCGCGGUGCCUCAUUUAACCCGUCCGGGAUUCAGCAUGUUAUACGUGACGAUGACACAGCCGGCAGACUCUAUUCUACACAGCGGUUACUUUCACCCCACUCUCCGAUAUUGGCAGACCUGUGCUUCAGACCUCAGACCAGAUAACCUCAUAUAUCCUAUCUUCAUUACUGACAGUCCUGACGCAGUGGAACCAAUUGCAAGUCUACCUGGUCAAGCGAGAUAUGGUGUAAAUAAGAUAGAGGAUUUACUUCGUCCCCUUGUGGAUAAAGGCCUGAAGUGUGUGCUGAUUUUUGGAGUUCCAGCUAAAGUUGCGAAGGAUGAGAGGGGCUCUGGGGCAGACACAGAUGACACUCCUGCAGUGCUGGCUGUGAAGAAACUGAGGAGCACAUUCCCUGAUCUUGUGUUGGCCUGUGAUGUGUGCCUUUGCCCCUACACCUCUCAUGGCCACUGUGGAAUCCUGCAUGAAGAUGGCAGCUUGGAUAAUGCUGUCAGCUGUUUGAGGUUGGCUGAAGUAGCUCUGGCUUAUGCUCGAGCAGGAUGCCAUAUCAUCGCCCCUUCAGAUAUGAUGGAUGGACGAAUUGCAGCCAUUAAGCAAGCUCUAAUCGCCAAUAAUCUUGGAAACAAGGUGUCAGUGCUGAGCUACAGUGCUAAAUUUGCCUCAUGCUACUAUGGACCAUUCAGAGAUGCUGCACAAUCUAAACCUGCCUUUGGAGACAGACGAUGUUAUCAGCUGCCCCCUGGUGCCAAAGGACUAGCACUGCGGGCCUGUGACCGGGAUGUGAAAGAAGGUGCUGACAUGCUGAUGGUGAAACCUGGAUUACCAUACCUUGAUAUUGUGAGAGAGGUUAAAAAUAAGCACCCUACUCAUCCGCUGGCAGUGUAUAAUGUAUCAGGCGAGUUUGCCAUGUUGUGGCAUGGAGCUGAAGCUGGAGCUUUUGACCUACGCACUGCAGUUAUGGAGGCUAUGACUGCAUUCCGUCGAGCAGGAGCUGACAUCAUUAUCACUUACUACACUCCACAGUUACUCACAUGGUUAAGAGAGUAAUAUGUUGGUUCUCGUAUAUGAAUGAACUUGGAUAAAACCAAAUCUACUGUCUCACCCUGAGAUUGAAAGUUAGGACUUAAAGUAAAUCUGAUCUUACUACAACAACUUUUUCCAAAUUGUUUUAUUUGAUUUAUGUAUCUAGUUGAUUUGCACAUUCAAUCAGCUUGGGUUUUUAUACUUUUCUCUAAUUUUGGAAAGCUUUAGUAUCUUUUGUAGUGUACAGAUGUUAAAUUGGUCAUUUAUUUCCUAAAUAUGUUUGAUUACAUCACAGAUUUGUUGUCAUUUUAAUGUGCUUCUGUAACACUGGAAAUAGACCUCAGGUAUGUAAUUAUAGCGGUUUAGUUUUCAAAUCAAUGUACUAAUAAUCACAUUAACAUAGGAAGUCCUGUUGGCAUGUCCAUUUUAAGUUUUCAUGUAGUGCAUCUUCUAAAUGUUUAUAACUAAAAAUAUAUGAAUAAAGCAAGAGGUAAACACGGUAAA